CGACCCCGAGGGGCGGUUUGGGGGGGUGCCCCCCGUCUUCCUCCGCCUUCGUCGGCCGCCCCGCCCGCCUCCUCCCUCCCCCCGGCCGGGCCCCAACAUGGCCGCCCCCGAGGAGGCCGGGAAGUGGCCAAGGGCCGGCCAUUCCCGGCGUGCACCGCGAAGCGGCCUCCCUCCCCCUCCAUCACUGCGGGCGCCUGCACAGUGGGGUGUGGGGGGCUGCCAGCCGCCGCCGACCCCCAGCAGGUCGAGGAACUAGGCCUGGAAGAGAUGGCAAGAUGACUGUGGUACCUCUUAAGCGCUUACUAGGGGUCAAGCACCGCGCAAGGCCCUGCUGAACCUCAAGCUUCCGCGAGACGCCCCGUGAGGUCAGGGGGUCCCCUUCCCCCCCCGACCCCCACCUCCAAUCCGUCUCGCCUGUCCGGAGGGAGGCGGUCCCGGGCUCAGAGGGCCGGGGUCCGGCCGCGGGCCUCAUGGCGUCGGGCCGGAUCGAGGUGGAGUGCAAGUUCGUGCCGGGGCCGGGCACCGAGGAGCGGCUGCGGGCGCUGGGCGGCACGUUGGAGCACCGGACCUCCUUCAGCGACAGCUACUACGACACCGCCGAGCUGACCCUGAUGCGGGCCGACCACUGGCUGCGGCGGAGGGAGGGCAGCGGCUGGGAGCUCAAGUGCCCCGGCCCGGGGGUCGUCCCGGGCCCCCACACCCGGUACGACGAGCUGUCGGCCGAGCCCGCCAUCGCGGCCCGCCUGGGCGAGGUGCUGGGGGCCGGGCCCCGGGGGGCCGACCGGGUGGAGGUCCUGCUGGGGCCCCUCGGCCUGCAGGAGGUGGCCACUUUCGCCACACAGAGGAGCUCCUGGAGGCUCAGGCCGGCCGGGGAGGAGGCCGUCGGGCCGCUGACGGUGGAUCUGGACCGGGCGGAUUUUGGCUACGCCGUGGGGGAAGUGGAGGCGCUGGUGGGGGAAGAGGCCGAGGUGCCAGGCGCCCUGGAGAGGAUCCAUAACCUCAGGCGCCUGCUUGGUGUGCCCGAGCUGGAGCGGCCCCCCGCCAAGCUGCUGGUCUACCUGCAGCGCUUCCGGCCUCGGGACUACCGGCGGCUCCUGGCCGCGGCCACCGGGCAGCGGUGCGGGACGGUGGCGGCCUCCGAGGAAGGGGCCGAACCCGUGACAGAUGCCGAGGCCCGGAGAAGUGAGGCGACCGGC